GCAGAAAGCCCGCAGGAGCCUUGGGACUGUAACUCUGCAGAGGGACAGAGCCACUGGAGGAAGCGGUGGCAAGCAGAGCCUGAGUGCGAUCAUCUCCAAAAGCCAGCCCUCCCUUUCGCUGUUCCUUUAAACACCUGAUUUUCCCCCUGCCCCGCCGCAUCCGCUGGAAAACAAACUGGGAAGAGGCGCUGAGGCAUCGCACACCAGGGAGGGCAGCCUGGAGCCCGCCCCGGGGGCCGGGCAGGAGCAGCGCCGGGGGGCGCCGCUGCCGCCCCCAGCCCCCGCCGUGUCCCCCGGGUGUCCCCGCUUGAUGGGGAUCUCUGCCGCAGCACGGCUCCCCCCCGGACGCUGGGAAGGCCGCGUGGAGAAGCUGCUGGCGGAGGAUCCCUGGCUGUAGACCCGCCGAGGGUCGGGGCAGCAUGAGCUCCAAGCUGGAGCAGAAGGAGCCCCCCCAGACCAACGGGGCCGCGGUGCCCGGGGAGUGCCCGGCCAGCCCCGAGCCCUCCGAGUUCCUGGGAGCCCAGGGCGCUGUGGAAGUGGUGGUGCUGGAAUCCCGUGCCAACGCCAAAGGGCUGCGGGAGGAGGAUGCGCUGCUGGAAAACGGCAGCCAAAGCAACGAGAGCGACGACACCAGCACGGAGAGGGGCCCCGAGCCCGCCUCGCCCCUCAAGGAGACCUCGUUCUCCAUCGGGCUGCAGGUGCUGUUCCCGUUCCUCCUGGCCGGCUUUGGCACGGUGGCCGCUGGCAUGGUGCUGGACAUUGUGCAGCACUGGGAUGUCUUCAAGUACGUGACCGAGGUGUUCAUCUUGGUUCCUGCUCUGCUGGGCCUCAAGGGGAACCUGGAGAUGACCCUGGCAUCGCGCCUGUCCACGGCUGCUAAUAUCGGCCAGAUGGAUACACCCAAAGAGCUCUGGAAGAUGAUUACAGGGAACAUGGCUCUGAUCCAGGUGCAGGCCACCGUGGUGGGGUUCCUGGCGUCCAUGGCGGCCGUGGUGUUUGGCUGGAUCCCCGAGGGGCGCUUCAGCGUGGCCCACGCCGUGCUGCUGUGUGCCAGCAGCGUGGCCACCGCCUUCAUCGCCUCGCUGCUGCUGGGUAUGAUCAUGAUUGGGGUGAUCAUCGGCUCCCGGAGGAUGGGGAUCAAUCCUGACAACGUGGCCACGCCGAUCGCCGCCAGCCUGGGGGACCUCAUCACGCUGGCGCUGCUCUCGGGGAUCAGCUGGGGCCUGUACAAGGAGCUGGAGACCAAGGCCUACGUGAACCCCCUGGUCUGCGCCUUCUUCAUCUCCCUGCUGCCGGUCUGGGUGGUGCUGGCCAAGCGCAGCGCGGCCACGCGGGAGGUGCUGUACUCGGGCUGGGAGCCCGUCAUCAUCGCCAUGGCCAUCAGCAGCGUUGGGGGCCUGAUUUUGGACAGGACGGUGUCGGACCCCAACUUUGCUGGCAUGGCAGUUUUCACCCCAGUCAUCAACGGUGUGGGUGGCAACCUGGUGGCAGUGCAGGCCAGCCGCAUCUCCACCUACCUGCACAUGAGUGGGGUGCCUGGAGACAGCCCCGGGACGGCCCCUCGGAGGUGCCCCAGCCCCUGCAGCACCUUCUUCAGCUCAGACGUGAACUCCCGCUCUGCCCGCGUGCUCUUCCUGCUGGUGGUGCCCGGGCACCUGGUGUUCCUCUACACCAUCCACUCCAUGCAGGGGGGGCACACCACGCUCACCCUCAUCUUCAUCGUCUUCUACAUGACAGCAGCGCUGCUCCAGGUGCUGAUCCUGCUCUACAUCGCUGACUGGAUGGUGCACUGGAUGUGGGGCAGGCACCUGGACCCCGACAACUUCUCCAUCCCCUACCUGACAGCCCUGGGGGACCUGAUUGGGACGGGGCUCCUGGCCCUCAGCUUCCACGUGCUCUGGCUCAUCGGGGACCGGGACUCUGACGUGGGGGAUUAAAUCCCCCUGCUCCCCCCUGCCCACAGCUCUCCUCCUCCCCUUGGUUGUUUCUUUGCUUCCCCCUCCUCCCAGCCCCACCUCACCUUUGAUACUGGAUUCUCAUUAUUUUCAAUGGGAAUUUUACCUGGUUUAUAUUUCAAGCCGAGUUUGUACAGAAGAUCUAUCUAGUUUUAGGGAGGACAAACAAACAAACAAACAAACAAAAGUGUAACGAGACAAUCACUAAGUGCAAUUUUCGUAGCAGUUGUGUGUGAACCAAGGCUCCAGGGAAGUUCCUGCUCAGCCAGGUCGUGCAGGGAGCCCCCCCUGCCCACUCCCCCGAGGUGAAGGGCUGCUUUUUUUGCUUCAUAAGCGUUUUAAACCCUCAGGUUUGUUCUGCUGAGCUGGCACCUUCUGGCCACGAACAACCUGAGGGCACUGGGUACCCCUGCCUUGGCUCACUGGAGCUCCCAUGUCCAAAAAUGGGGAGGGGAGGAUGAGGAGGAUGGUGAGGAAGGCUCCUGUGCUCACCCCAGGGAUGUGAGUGAGCUCAUUUGAGAGCCCCAGCCCCUGGCUGGGCUCUGCUGGCAGCUCCAGGGCUCCCCUUUGCCACCCAGCCCAGACCUGGCGCCGCCUCUGCCCUGGAGCCCGGGGGUGCACGGGGCAGGGGCUGGGGGUGCAGGGGACGAGCAGGGCUGGAUUUGGGGGUGCAGGGCUGGAUCAGGGGGUGCAGGGCUGGAUCAGGGGGUUCAGGGGAUGAGCAGGGCUGGAUCUGGGGGUUCAGGGGAUGAGCAGGGCUGGAUUUGGGGGUGCAGGGGAUGAGCAGGGCUGGAUUUGGGGGUGCAGGGGAUGAGCAGGGCUGGGUCUGGGGGUGCAGGGCUGGAUCUGGGGGUUCAGGGGAUGAGCAGGGCUGGAUCUGGGGGUGCAGGGGAUGAGCAGGGCUGGGUCUGGGGGUGCAGGGGAUGAGCAGGGCUGGAUUUGGGGGUGCAGGAUCAGCUCCUGGCUGGGCUCUGCUCCCUUUUGCCACCCAGCCCAGACCGUGGCGCUGCCUCUGCCCUGGUGAGCCGGGUCCGGCUGCUCUGAGCUUCACCUGGAGGGGUUUGGGGGCUCUCCCCACCUCCAGACCCCCUCCCAGCUGCCAGAGAGCUCUGCAGGACCUGCUGGAGCCCCUUGGGCGCUGCCUCCUUGUGCUGCUCUGUUUUCAUGGCUCUCCUCAGCGCAGCUGACUUUCCCAGAGGGGUGGGAUGGACAAACAGCUCCUGGUUCUUGUGUCCAAAUUCCCUUUUGGUUGCUGAGGGGCCCCUUGCAGCCAGGGGGGAGCCACCCUGCAGUCCCCCAGCUGAGCCUGAGGUGCUCUGGGGAGGAGUUAGGGAAGGACAUCCCUGGGCUGCACGGGAUUUCUGUCACUGCAGAGGUGCCAAACAGCUGGAAAUGCAGGCACAGCUGGAAAUGCAGGCACAGCUGGAAAUGCCGGCACAGCUGGAGAUGCAGGCACAGCUGGAAAUGCCGGCACGGCUGGAAAUGCCGGCACAGCUGGAAAUGCCGGCACAGCUGGAAAUGCCGGCACAGCUGGAAAUGCCGGCACAGCUGGAGAUGCCGGCACAGCUGGAAAUGCCGGCACAGCUGGAAAUGCAGGCACAGCUGGAAAUGCAGGCACAGCUGGAGAUGCAGGCACAGCUGGAAAUGCAGGCACAGCUGGAGAUGCAGGCACAGCUGGAAAUGCAGGCACAGCUGGAAAUGCUGGCACAGCUGGAGAUGCAGGCACAGCUGGAAAUUGAGGCACAGCUGGAGAUGCCGGCACAGCUGGAGAUGCAGGCACAGCUGGAAAUGCAGGCACAGCUGGAGAUGCAGGCACAGCUGGAAAUGCCAGCACAGCUGGAAAUGCAGGCACAGCUGGAGCCCUGUGGCACAGGAACCCCCCUUGCCUUGUGUAAAACCUGGGGUUGGGGUUCAGCCCGCCUGGGGAGCGCAGGGUUCCCUCCCCUGCCGCUUCCCCUCCUGCUUUUUGUGCUGCUCAGGUCAGGGCUGCCUGGGAUUCCUUCUCCUCCCGUUAGGCUGAGCUGGGAGGGCAACAAAAAACCAGAGCUGGUGCACCCAGAUGGGCAAACCAAGACCAAAGUUAGGCCAGGAUCGGUGUCCCAGCCCGGGAUCUGGGUGCAGGGCUGGGACAUCCCGAGGUGUUGGAUGAAGAGGGUCAGGAUGAAGGAGUUCUGGAAGUCCCCAGGAGCAGGGGGAGCCAAACCAGGGCUCUGGGCUGCUCCAGGCCCUCCCUGGAGCUGUGGGAGCCCUUCCCUGGUGCUGGAGGUGUGCAGGAGGCAGAGGUGGGCUCCAGGCUGCUGCUCACCCCUCAGAGGAGCAGCUGUUGAAUUUUUGAGAUGUUUUCCCCCUUUUUUUCCCUUGCUAAUGCAACAUCAGGCUCCCUCCCCGCCCUCCUAUUUGUGGGAGCAGCUCUGACCCUCCUCUCCCCGCUCUGGUGACAUUUCACAGAUCUCCUGUGGCCAAAGCUGUGCUCAAAGUAAAAAAAAACAACCACAAAACCAACCCUGUCCCUGCUGGGGCUUCUGCAAUAUUUAUUUUCUGGCGUAUUCUCAGCUGCUCACCUGAUUUCUCUGCCUGAUGUUGUCAGGAAUAAAUGCAAGACUUCCUUCCAUUAACAUCUCAGCUUUUAUGGAUAUAGAGAGAAACUCUGCUGGCCUUUCUGAUGUCACAUCACCACUUAAUCCCCCAGGAAAAGAUUCCCUGGAGGAGGAAUAUGCCUCUCGUGGGGGUGGAGGGGGGGUCUGUACAUUAAAUAUGGUCAAAGGUGUGCUUGGGGAAUGGUCAGGGAAGAAUUUCAUUUAAAACUGAGGAAUAUUGAUGGAAAAAAAAUUAAAACAACCAACCCUCUUCCCACUGGUUGCACUCCAAUGCAUGCCCACUCUACAGCUGCCUGCAGAUGAGAAUCCUGGUUUACUCUUUUAUUAAAGGAAAAAGACUGUCUUAAUUAUUUAUAGUUCCUAUAACUGACAGAUGUUGACCUAAUGGAUAAAUUAUAUUUGGUUAAAUAAAGAUGACAUUUAUUUAUGUGGA